UUUUCAGAUGCUCCUGUUCCUUAACGAAUCUCUUUACAUGUUUGUCAUGUGUUCAGUUUAGGUCUGAUCUCAGAUUCUUUCCACAUGUUUUUUGACUGCACUGCCCUGCUGGCAGGUCUGGCAGCCUCCGUCAUCUCCAGGUGGAGAUCCAACGAUAGCUUCUCCUACGGCUAUGUGAGAGCAGAGGUUCUGGCAGGCUUUGUCAAUGGGCUCUUCCUCAUCUUCACUGCUUUCUUCAUUUUCUCGGAAGGAGUUGAGAGAGCUCUAGAGCCUCCAGAUGUUCACCACGAGCGGCUGCUUCCUGUCUCUGUAGCCGGUCUGCUGGUGAACCUGGUCGGGAUCUUUGCGUUCCAGCAUGGAGGACAUGGGCACUCACAUGGAGAGGGAGACCACGGACACAGUCACUCUCUGUUUAAUGGUAGCACAAGUCACGGUCACAGUCAUGGAGGACAUCACCACCACGACAAACAUGCAGAUUGCCACAGUCAUGGAGGACAUCACCACCAUGACAAACAUGCAGAUUGCCACAGUCAUGGAGGACAUCACCACCACGACAAACACGCAGAUUGGCACAGUCAUGGAGGACAUCACCACCACGACAAACACGCAGAUUGGCACAGUCAUGGAGGACACGAGGAACCACACUAUAAUGACGAACUGCAACACCUGCCGGGAAAAGGCUCCAGCAAACAGAUCCUGCAGGUGCUGGAAUGUUUUUCUCCAAAAUUGUGGGGUCUUACAAUGCAGAGUGCCUUGAGGUGGCUGUUGUUGGGAACUGGCAUAACACAACUAAAAAAAACAAAGACUCUCUACUUUCUGUCUAAACUUUCUCUCUUCUAUCAUUUGAUCCUCAGUGUGGUACCUUUACUGAAGGAGUCUAUUGGGAUUCUGAUGCAGAGAACUCCAUUUUCACUAGACCAUGCCCUACCAGAGUGCUACCAGAGGGUGCAGCAACUGCAGGGAGUUUAUAAUCUGCAGGAGCCUCACUUCUGGACUCUGUGUACUGAUGUUUAUAUCGGAACAUUAAAGCUGCUGGUCGCCCCUGACGCUGACACCCGCUGGAUCCUUAGCCAGACACACAACAUCUUCACGCAGGCAGGAGUUCGGCAGCUGUAUGUUCAGAUCGACACAGCUGCCAUGUAGAAGCUGCUAAUAUUCCACUACACUUGGGACCAAUCGCAUUCAGUCUACUUCUGCAGGUGACUUCUGACCCCCACAGUCACCCCAGCACAGACUGGAAUAGGGGGAGGGCUCUCAGAACUGAUGAACUAAAACAGCCCCACCCACUUUCUUAAAAAUAAAAAUAA